AUACAAUGAAACAUUUAGACAUGAUAUUCUCAUGUUCUUCAUCUUCCUCCACUGCCACACUCUCCGGCGGUGCAAAACCACGCCCCACCAGCCACCACCGCCUCGGCGGCGAGCGUAAGGCGGCAGAUGGCUGCCUGAGCCCAGCCGUCAUGUUUCGACGGUCCUCAUUUCGUCUUCCCAAUAUUAACCCAAAGGGUUAUAAUAGUUAUUUUCAAAAGGGUAGGAAAAGCUCUGUCGGCAAGGAAAGUAGUGACUUAAGGAGGAGGAGUGCGGCUGACAUAGCCGACAUGAUAAAACCUGAUCUGAGGUCGACCUCUUGGCAUAUCCAAACCGACUCAAACAUUAAUUCCGCCAAGUAUUUCGAUUUGUUGGAUGAAUCGACUAAAAAAACAGAGUUGCUUCGUAGGCAAGAUCAUGAUUUGUUGAUGCAGUCAAGACAUUCCAUAAGUUUAGAUGGUUCUCCAUAUCCGACAACCUCGUACACUGCUCGAUGCAGUCGUAAGAACCAGCAACAGGUUGUGGAAUUGAGGGUAUCAAUACACUGCAAAGGUUGUGAAGGAAAAGUGAGAAAGCACAUCUCCAAGAUGGAAGGCGUGACAUCAGUCAACAUAGAUUUGGCCUUGAAGAAAGUAACUGUGGUCGGGGACGUGACUCCUCUUGGAGUUCUUGCAAGCAUUUCUCAGGUGAAGAGUGCCCAAUUAUGGCCGAUAUCUCCUCCUAAUUCUUCGACUUCAUCUGGGUCGUCAUCGUCCUCGUCCUUCUCGUCCUAGCUAGCUGUUAGGAUGAUUAAGGUCUUAAUUAAUUCAACUUAGUCUCAGAGUAACGAUGGAUUGGAUGCAUUCAAAUAGUAUUAAUUGAAUGUAUAUUGUUGUUUUUAAGUUCAGACGUCAAAAGAGUGUUUAUGUCAUGUAUAAUGUAAAGUUUGAAAACCAAGAAAAAGGGAUUUGAUUGGUUU